UUGUCUUCUUCUCUUUAUUCCAAUGAGGCAAUAAAGUCUUGUCUUGUACAAUGCCUGUAUUCCACUAGGCUGUUGAACAAUUCAACAACCGUGGUCCGUGAGUAUACUUUACUGACCUUUGGAGAUCAUGAAUUUGAAUACGGAGUAUUACUUGGGCGGCAUCUUGAUUGCGCAUUUUAUGGGGGAUAAUUAAGCACUUAGAAGAGUGUUACUCUAAACCUCAGAGUAUCAGCACAUGAUGAUCGAAAUGAAUAAAGAAUAAACUUAUUUUUAAAACAAAUAUACCCCUUUUCCAAAAUGAAUUCGAUUUAAUAUCCUAAUUUGCAUUAAAAUAAAAUGUUAUAUGCAGUAUAUUCUUGAUGAAUUUGUCAUUUAUUCAAUUUAGUCUUAUAAAUUCGGGUUGUGUUCAUUUCAUAUGGUGCUUAUAAACAUAUUCAUUUCGAUCACCAUGCGCAUUUUCUCUCGGCAACACCAUUUAUUUAACUACUACCGGUAAAGUUUUUGAUUCCUGUUUUCCUUCCCUUCUACUCCGUAAUUUGGACAUCAAGCUGGUUUUUAAACAAGAUAUUAAGUAGAUACUUUUAUACACAUCAUUAGGUAUCUAGGUGGUACAAAUACGGGUUAGACAGGGUCUUCUUUUACUCUUCUGCUUCUAUAGGAAUUCCACGGUAGAAUUGUCUUCUCUGUCCAUAUCUUUUGAUGGAUAAUCUGUUGACUGAGAAAAAAUGCUGAAACCGUGGUUGUUAUGUACUUCUAUAAUCAUUAUCGUUAGUAUAUUAAGUAAAAUAAUUAGAGCUGUCUAGGAAUAAUAUUUGUGUCUUCUUCAAAUAGUUACAGCUGAGUACAUAAUAACAAAAAAGACACAGUUAUAAAGUUAUGCAGCACCUGUGUUACUUCGACACUCCUCUUUUGGGCUCAUACCCGUGUCGACCCGACACGACACUGAUCCGGGUAUGGAAUCCGUACCGGAUCCUUGGUCGGUCAGUCAGACAUGGCUUGUCAGCCCCUGCUUUAAGAAAAUAUCCAAUCUAGUUUUAAUUAACCCUAGAUGUGUUAAUUAGGAAUAAAAUUCACUUUGUUUUUUGUUUAAAGCAUGGGGCUACUUUAAGAAAACUUUUUCAGUUCUUUUUUUCAAAAGAAAUUUAAUUGUUAUUUUCUUUUUCUUUAAUUUAUUUAUUUUUCUAGUAAUUUUUUUCCAUGUCCCCGUACCCGUGUCUAAAAUUAGGACAGGGUCCCCGUGUCUUGAAAUUUUAACUUUACCGGGUCCGACACUCGGAUCCAUACCCGUGUCCGGCACCCGUACCCGAGUCCGAGUAACAUAGUGCAGCACACUUUGUAAAUGGCUGCAUUUUAAUCUCUUACUGAAGCACACCCAGCUUUAAACACCAACACCUUGAUUUCUUACUGAAUAUAUCUAGCUUAUAACCCUUCACCCAUGCGUAGCACCUUAAUGCUUAAAAUUCAUACCUCUUUUUCUUGAUCAUUUACUAGAAUACAUCUCUUUUGUUCAUAAUGUCUCUUUGUUUUCCCAGCUUCUUCUUUUUCUUCUUAUAUGUGCUGUUAUUUUCCUUUUCUAUACCUCAUUGUAGCGCGAGUGAUUGCUUAGCAGGUGGCUCUAAGAUCAGUGAUGGUAGUAGCCAAAGCACCUUAAUAUCUCCAGGCAAAGUAUUUGAGCUUGGAUUUUUUACUCCUGAUGAGAGCUUCAACAACAACAGGUAUUUGGGCAUAUGGUAUUACAGCUCCAAUCCAAAGAUAUUCGUAUGGGUUGCUAACAGAGAUAAGCCUCUUUUGGCAUCCAAAAGUUACCUCAUAGUAAAAGAUGGCAAGGCCGAGGUUUUUGAUAUACAUGGUUCAAGUUACUGGACAAUCGGUUCUGCUGUAUCUGUAAAUUCAACAAAACUGUGUUUAACUGAUCAUGGGAACUUAAUUUUAUCAAGAGAUCAAGGAGUAAGGCCAAUAUGGCAAAGCUUUGAUCACCCAACUGACACGAUUCUUCCAGGGAUGAUGUUAAAGGGAAGCUUAAAUUUGACAUCUUGGCAAAAUCGCAGCGAUCCAGCAAUAGGGAACUCUCUUUUGCUGCUACAACCAGGAAACAAUCCUAAAAUGGUUAUAAACGAAAAAGGAUAUCCACAGUAUUGGGAUAGCGGAGCUGACCCUUCUGCUAAGAUUCCACCAGUGUUGUCUGAAUUAUUGAACAGCAAUACUUCUCUUCUUAACAAUACAAGAUUAGUGAUAAACUUCACUGGACAGAUUCAGUUAUGGAAAAGGGAAAGGGAAAGCGAAAGCGGAAGUAGUUGGUCUCUUGAUUGGUGGGAGCCUAAAGAUAGGUGUAGCUUUGAUACUGUGUGUGGAAACUUUGGCAGUUGCAAUAGUAAUAGCGGAUUGCCUUGCAAGUGCUUGCCAGGGUUUAGGCCUAGUUUACCAUCGGAGUGGAAUUUAGGAUGCUUUACUGGUGGGUGUGUGACAGAAUUUGGAACUCCUUCUCAGAGGAUAAAUAGUUGGAAUGAUACAUUCUUGAAAUUGCCUAUGAUGAAAGUGGGAGAAACAGAUUGUACUGCAUCUACAGAACAAGACUGUAAGGCUCGAUGCCUUAACGACAUUACUUGUGUUGCUUACUCUGUUGGUAUUGGAAAUUGCAGAGGAACGGGCUCUUCUACUGAGAAGAGGUGCUUAAUGUGGGCUAAUCAACUUCCACGUUUACAGGAGGAGUACUCUCAAGGGCUUACCCUCUUUCUCCGCACACCAUCUUCAGGCAUAGAAUCAACUAAAAGAGACUGCAAACCUUGUGGAGCUUAUGUUAUCCCUUAUCCCCUAAGUACUGGUGGAGCGAGUUGUGGUGAUUCCUUGUACUCCAAACUUCACUGCAAUUCAGAGACAGGGCAGGUUAACUUCUCAACUCCCACAGGCACCUUCAGAGUCACCUUAAUUAAUCCAGAUGCAAAACAAUUUACCAUCCAAGUCAUGCGUGCAAACAGUUGUGACAGUGAAUAUAUAGAAUCGUUUGUACUUCCAUCCAAGAAUUCGGUGCCAUUCUUUUUAAGAAAUUGCACUGUUUUUAAGGAUUACCCGUUGAUUCAACUCGGACAGCCUUUUAUUGAAGUUGACAUAGGAUGGAAACCACCAUCAGAGCCCACUUGUAGUGUGUAUUCAGAUUGUGUUUCUUGGCCCGAUACUACUUGCAAAGGCUCGAAAGGGGGUACACGGAGGUGUAUAUGUAGAUCAAAUUUUCGUUGGGAUGGGUCGAAGCUGAAAUGUACCAGAGUCCCUUUUCCUGUCAAAGCUGUGGCUCCUUGCAUAGCUGUUGCAUUGGCGAUUAUUUUACUCUCUGGCGCAUUCUUUGUUUACCGUAAGCGUGAAAGGAGGAUUGCUGAAAAGCAAGGCUCACUUAAGUUCAAGGGAGAUGAUACUGAAGGCGUAGAUGUCCCUUUUUACAGUUGGGGGAGCAUACUAUCUGCUACGAACAAUUUUGCUGACACAAAUAAGCUUGGUACCGGCGGAUUUGGUUCUGUUUAUAUGGGAAAACUUCCAGAUGGAAAGGAAAUUGCUGUUAAGAGGCUCUCAAGUUUAUCAAUGCAAGGUGUUGCAGAAUUUAGGACCGAGGUUGUGCUGAUUGCCAGACUUCAGCAUCGGAAUCUUGUUAGACUUCUGGGAUAUUGUGUGAAAGCAGAUGAGAACAUUUUAGUUUAUGAAUACAUGCCUUAUGGAAGCCUGGACUCGUGUUUAUUUGAUCAAACAUUUUCUGUCUACUUGGACUGGGAGAAACGUUUUGACAUCAUCUUUGGAAUAGCUAGAGGCCUUGUUUAUCUCCACCAAGACUCGAGGCUUAGAAUUAUUCAUCGAGACCUAAAACCAAGCAACAUUUUACUUGAUGCGGAGCUCAAUCCAAAAAUUUCGGACUUUGGUAUAGCAAGAAUUGUUGGAGGGGAAGAAACAGAGGCAAGCACUAACAAGGUUGUCGGAACAUAUGGUUAUAUGUCUCCGGAGUAUGCAUAUGAAGGGUUCUUUUCAUUUAAGUCGGAUGUUUUCAGCUUUGGCGUGGUUGUACUGGAGACUAUAAGUGGCAGAAGAAAUGCAAGAACAACUGUGUUUGAGCAAGGGCUGAGUCUGCUUGGACAUGCAUGGAGAUUAUGGACUGAAGAUAGGGGACUGGAAUUCAUAGAUCCAACACUCAAAGAAUCAUGCAAUCCCAUCGAAGUGUUGAAGUGCAUUUAUGUCGGGUUAUUAUGUGUACAAGAUGACCCUGUUGAUCGCCCCACCAUGUCAACCGUGGUCCUCAUGCUGAGCAGCAGUGAAAGUACUGAAAGUCAUUCAUUUCCGAAAAAACCAGCUUUCUUUACUAGAACAUUCUCAAGUGAGACUGCCUCAUCUUCCAGUCUAGGUGGUUCGAGCUUUUUUAGUAAUAUGAUCACUGUAUCUACUGUAGGCAGGUUCCAGUGUUCUACUAAUAAUAACAAAAAAGACAAGUUCUUGAUCGUUGCGCAACGUGCUAUUGCCCAUUCCCUCCGAUUACUGCUUUUAUUCUUAGUGAAGCAUUGUGCUUUGCUGCUUUUUCUCAUGCAGAUUGCCAUUAAGUCAAUAAUGUGGCUCUGUUAUUCCAUUUUCUUAAUCUUCUUGUUUUCCUUUCCCAUACUGCAUUGCAGCGCUAGUGACUGCUUAGAAGAAGGUUCUGUUGUGACUGAUGAUACCAGCAACAAUACUCUAGUAUCACCUGGUAAAGUGUUUGAACUCGGGUUCUUCACUCCUGAUGGGAACACGGAUAACAGAAGGUAUUUGGGUAUAUGGUAUUUUAAUCCGCCCAAUCCAAAGAUAAUCGUGUGGGUUGCUAAUAGAGAUAAACCCCUGUUGGAAUCCAAUGGCUCCUUUGUAUUUGAACAUCGUAAAGUCAAGUUAUUUGAUGGAGAAGGUCUGGUGUACUGGUCAACCGAUGAUUUUCCAUCUGGUCGAGUACAGUCCACGGGCCCUAAAAACCCAGCUCUUACCUUCAACAGUUCUAAAUACGCGGUUCCUGCGGGCCGGUACGGGUAUUAUUCAAAUCGGCCCUUUCUAAUAAAUGGAACAAGAAGAGUAUGUGACAUGAACACAUGUAGAAGAAGUCCUGCUCGACUAUGUUUGAGGGAUAAUGGAAACUUGGUUCUAAGUGAUUUAGACCAAGGCAAUCAAGUCUUGUGGCAAAGUUUCGCACACCCAACUGAUACAUUUCUUCCAGGAAUGAGUUUAGAUGGAAGCUUACUUCUGUCAUCAUCAAACUUAAAUCUGACAUCUUGGCAAAACCACAACCACCCAGAGAAAGGAAAUUUCACGCUUUUGCUACAACUUGGUACGGUUAAUAAUUGGGUUAUUGUUGAAGGUCGACAUUCACAUUAUUGGGAGAGUAAAACAAAUCCUUUUGACAAGAAUGCAUCAGCAUUGUCUGGAAUUUUGGAGCUUGGUGAUAAUUCCUUUCUUCAGAAGAACAAUACACUAAUACGACUAGUGAUGAGCUUCACGGGACAGGUUCAGUUUUGGAAUUGGGAAAGUGAUCAAAGAAGCUGGUCUUUGAAAUGGUCAGAGCCAAAGGAUGUUUGUAGUUUGUACAAUAAGUGUGGAGUUUUUAGUACUUGCAAUAGUAAUAACGCGGUGGUGUGCAAGUGUUUGCCGGGUUUUAAGCCUAGUGCACAGUGGAAUUCUGGAGACACUUCUGGAGGCUGUUCUCCAAUAUCAUCUCCAAGUAAUAGGAAUGACAGUUCAAGUGAUAUUUUCUUGCCAUUGCCAAUGAUGACAGUGGGAAACGGGACUUGUACUAUUUCUGCUGAAGUAAACUGCACAGCAGAAUGCCUUAAUGAUCCUGCUUGUGUAGCGUACUCUUUUGGUCUUGAUUGCUCGGGAGCAGGCACUUCAACUGAUGAGAAGAGAUGCUUAUUAUGGAGUAAUGUACUUAAUUACUUGCAGGAGGAGUCUCCUGACGGAAUAACUAUUUAUCUCCGCACAACACGUUCUGAUAUAGAAUCGAAAUCAAGAGUAUGCAAGCCUUGUGGAACUUACAUUAUUCCCUACCCCCUUAGCACUGCUACAAAUUGUGGGGAUCCCUCAUACUUCAAUUUCAAAUGCAAUGAAACAACAGGCCAGAUUUAUUUCUCAACUGGAAUUCUCACAUAUAAAGUCACUUCAUUUGAUCCUGUUGCAAAAAAAUUUACCAUCCAAAUUGGACAAGGAAAUAGUUGUGAUGAAAAAUCAUUUGUUCUAUCUCCAAAGGAUUCCUUGCAAUACAAAAGUUACUGCAAGGUUGUUAAGGACCAAUCUUUUUUAGGACAAUCUUUUAUUGAAGUUGAAAUGGGCUGGAAAGCACCAUCAGAACCUGCUUGUAGUGCUCCUUCUGAUUGUUAUGAUUGGCCUCAUACUUCUUGUAAAACAAGAGGUGGCAAGAUGAGUUGCAUUUGUGGUUCAAGAUUUCAUUGGGAUGGAAGAAAUUUGAAAUGCAAUAAAGUGGUUUUUCUCAAGGUGGUGAUUCCUUGCAUAGCUGGUGCAUUGGCAGUUUUUCUUUUAUGCGGAAUAUACUUUAUUUAUUGUGUCUGGAAAAGAAGACCUGAUGAAUUACAAGGCUCUGUUGAGUUCAAGGGAGAUGAUGCUGAAGGCAUAGAUGUGCCCUUUUUUGAUUGGGAAAUCAUACUUUCUGCUACAAACAACUUUGCAGAAAUAAAUAAACUUGGAACAGGAGGGUUUGGCUCUGUAUACAGGGGAAAGCUUCCAGAUGGGCAGGAAAUUGCUGUCAAAAGGCUGUCAACUGUAUCAGUACAAGGUGUUGAAGAAUUCAGGACUGAAGUCAAGUUAAUUGCCAAACUUCAGCAUCGGAACCUUGUUAGACUUGUCGGGUACUGCAUGAAAGCAGAUGAGAAGAUAUUAGUCUAUGAAUACAUGCCCAAUGGAAGCCUAGACUCUUGUUUAUUUGAUGAAAGGCAUUCUGUGUAUUUGGACUGGAAACAGCGUUUAGACAUCAUUUUGGGGAUAGCUCGGGGCCUGGUUUAUCUUCACCAAGACUCAAGACUUAGAAUCAUUCAUCGAGAUCUGAAACCAAGCAACAUUUUACUUGAUGAAGAACUGAAUCCAAAAAUUUCAGACUUCGGCAUAGCAAGGAUUGUUGGAGGGAAGGAAACACAGGCAAGCACUAACAGAGUUGUUGGAACAUACGGAUACAUGUCUCCAGAGUACGCAUCUGAUGGGAUAUUUUCAGUGAAGUCUGAUGUUUUCAGCUUUGGUGUGGUAAUAUUGGAGACCAUAAGUGGUAGAAGGAAUUCAAAAAUCUUUAUGUUUGAGCACGGUCUUAGCUUGCUAGGAUAUGCCUGGAAACUGUGGAAUGAAGAUAAAGGAUUGGAAUUGAUGGAUGCAAAACUCAACGAAUCGUGCUUGAUUUCAGACGUUCUGAAAUGCAUUCAUAUUGGGUUGUUGUGCGUACAAGAAGACCCAAGUGAUCGCCCCACAAUGUCAACCGUAGUUCACAUGUUGAGCGGUGGUGAAAGUGCAUCUUUCCCAGUUGCUAAACAACCAGCUUUCAUGAACAGGAAACCAUUAUCAGAGAAUGCUUCAUCUUCCAGUGCAAAGGAUUUGAGUGUGCAUGAGGUGAUGACGGUAUCUACAAUAGGCCGGUAACUGCCAUUUUCGCGGUAACAGAUAGGAUUAGGAACACUCCAGAUAGUACCACUGUGGGUGAGUGUGAGAAUAUUGAAGAUGCAAUAGGUUGAAUCAGAUUUUUUGAUGACUCUUGCAUGUCUGAACAUUUCUGUAUCACCUCUCCCAAAGUUGAGGAGUAUUGAAUUGUUUGUAUAUGUCAUGAUAAUCCAUAAGAUUGGGCAUCAUAAUGUGGACAGACCCACUCUUUAGAGAGAAGAGCUCUCAAAAGAGGAGGAUUUCCUCCUAAUAUUUGUCUGUCUUUCCUUCUCAGCCUCUUACAUCCUAAGUUUAGUCGGCCAACGCUGCACCUCUUUAACCCAAGUCGGUGAUUUGACUCUGAGACCACUAUGAAGAUCUUCUAUUCAACGUCGAUCGAUCAGCUGGACUCGGGUCGAGUUAAACUUCCUAGUUACUAUGUCACCUUGUAUUAGCUCCCUUGAGAAGCUUUGUAUCUCUAGCUUCCUUGAGAAGUUUUAGUUAGUUGUGUUAUUUUCUUUCUUCUUCUUUUAUUUUUAAUUUUUUUUUCAUGCUUUUUUUUCAUCUAUUAGCCUUUCCCUGAGAUAGGGUGGCUUUUAAAUUCUUUGGUCUUUUCUUGAAAUAGGGAGACCUUAGAACCGUGUAUCUUUCCUUAUAUAAAAAAAAAGGAUUGGGCAUCAUUAUUCCUUUUCUUGUA